AUGCAAUCAAAGAAAAUAGAAUUACAAGAUACGGAUUCAAAUGCACCUUUAUUACCAUAUUUAAGGAGGUUGUUCAAUACAUUAAAUAGGGAAAUAUGUUUGUUCUAUCUGCCAUUAAACCUACCAUGCAUGCAUUCAGUUCCUUUUAUAGAACAAGAAUAUUUAAUCAAAAACUUAUCAAACAGUAAUUACAAUGGUAUCUCCGAUUCAAAUAAAAGUUUGUUUAACAGAGAUAAUAAAGUGGAUUUAGUUAAGAGUCUAUAUGUUUAUAGGCACUCAAAAGAAUUUUGUUAUGUUGAAAGCUGUAUAGAUAGUGUGAGAGUUAGUCUUAAAUUCUACUUUAAAUGCGAAUUUGAAAGAAGGCUGUUCAAUCAACUUACGAUUUUUAUGAAGAAAAAUUCGGAUUAUCUGCAACUGGUACGAAAAGAAUCUAUUAAAGGAUUUGACAUUAGUUUUUUAAUAACAAACCAAAUAUUAAAUUCAUAUAAUAAUAAAAUUUGUAUUAAAAAAAAUAACUCUUGUAAUCAAAUGGGGAAAUAUGACGUAAUCCAUUUUAUUCUAAAGUUUGUUGUUAAUAUUGAUAGACAAAUUCAAGACAAAAUACUACAAUCAACAUAUUUCUCAAGAUAUUAUAUUAGAAAAUUGCUUCAAGAAUUCGACUUAAAUGCUUUAUAUACUAAACAAAGUAAUGAGAAUGUUUCUAAGCAAGCAAAACAAGAAAUGGAUGAAACAAAUAAAUCCGAAAUAAAACCAAUAAAAUCUAUUAAAAAAGAAAUAAUUGAACAAAAUAAUAAUUUAUUAGAGAAUAAUAAAAGUUUACCAUCAUUGAAAAAUGCCAAUUCAGCAAAUGUAGCAUCUCAAUUAAAUGAUUCAAUAGAAUAA